CGUUUGCUGAAGGAGGCGGAAGUAAAAUGAUAGCUCUCUUCUGAGUAAAAGAAAACAUUUGCGUUUCUAUCGGUCUUUUCGUAUAAUAUUUGGGGAUUUGGGUAUAUUUUACUAUAUUUUAAUGCUUCUCCAUGAUGUUUUCACCUGCUGGAUUCUUUAACAACCCGAGCACACACCAUCGAACUCAUGCAAGAUACAGACCGAAGCCUCUUUCUCAACGGAACCUCGUAUCAGCUUUCUUUGGAUUGACUACCGUAAUUUUCAUAGCGACUGCUCUGGUCGAGCCACGAUGGUUCACUGUUGUUCAAGGAACGAAAUGUAAAGCACGUCAUAUUGGCAUUUACAAAAUGUUGUCUUUGAAAUCCGAGAGUACGAUGAGAAAACAAUGUUAUAGUGAAGACACAGUUCUCAAGUUGAAGAUAAUAAUGGCUUUUCUAUGUUGUGCUACAUUUACCAGUUUUGCUGCUUGUUUAUUGGAUAUUUGGGGACCAAGAAAAAGGAUCUUUCAAAUCUUUCGGUCAAAUUCUAUAGGAAAUGUUGUUUCUGUUGUGAUGACUGUUGCCUCCUGUGGAUUUUCGUAUUGGGUGACAUUGUCUAUUAAAAAACACCUGGAGCAUAACAAUCCAAAAGUGCAACAUAUUCAUGUAACAUUCUCGUACAGUUUCUACCUUGUUGUUGCCGGAGGGGUUUGUGCCUUACUUGCAUGCACCUUUAACAUGAUAAAAUGCAGCUGCCGAAGACAUGGAAGCAAUUUCUCAAGCGAAGAAGAACUCACAGCGGAAUUAAUGAACUCCAUGGAAGCAGCACCACCAUCCUCGAUCAGAGGGGAACCACCACCAGUAUACUCUGUGUAACAUUUUCUAAAUGCACCUAGUAGGUGUUAAAUUAAUGCAGUUGUUUAGCUAAUUCUUGUAGUUUUGUAUACAAUUUGAUAUGUUAUUAACCAAAUGUCUACAUGUAAGCAUAAUUGAAUCAGGAAAGUAAUCAAUGUUGAUACACAUAUAAUAUACAAAUGUACAUUCAAGACUAGAGAUUGGAUAUUCUGGGUUAAAUAUUAUUCUAAGUAAACCAGAAAUGCUCUCAUCCAAUGAGCGAGCAGUUGUGUUUAGAUAGUUCUGUUUUGUUCAUUUGGGUACGUGUAAAGCCAGUACUCAUACAGGGAUGAAAAAACAAUUGUAGCGCAGCUGACAUUACAAUACUGUUAUAUUAAAACUGUACAAUAAGAAAACUUAUAAUCAUAUUAUAAUACUGUGAUUUUAUAACAAGUAAAUUAUUGAAAUUGUA